UUUUUUAAACCCGGAAGUGGUUGACACAGUUUGGCUGCAGGUUUUGCACGGCUCUCCUUCACUUUAUCCGUGUAUUAAUUAUCUGUAAGUCGUGUCGCUGCAUUGUUUAAGAGAGAAAUUGUGCAUGUGAAGUUGUUUUAAAGGAAGACUUGCUAACAUUUGCAGUGUGUAUCUGGAUGUUGAGUGUGCGUGCUCUGUUUGGGAUCAGCUUCCUGGUGACCUCAAGGGCCCAAGCAGUCCUCUCUCAGACAUGCCCGCUGCCCGCUGCAGCUAACAACCACAAGAAGGACUGUUCCAGCAGCAGAGCGGUCUCCACCAUGGCCCAGACCAUCAAAUACCUCGGGCAGGAGGAGGCGCAGCACAUCGAUGAGGAGCUCUUCAGUGAGUAUGGCUUCAGCGUGGAUCAGCUGAUGGAGCUGGCUGGACUCAGCUGUGCCACAGCCGUUGCCAGGGCGUAUCCAAUCAGCUCCCUGGUGAAGGCCAAACCGUCUCUGCUGGUGAUUUGUGGACCGGGGAACAAUGGGGGGGACGGCCUGGUCUGCGCCCGACACCUUAAACUCUUUGGUUACGAGCCCACCAUCCUGUACCCGAAGAGGCCUAACAAGCCUCUGUUUCAGGGUCUGACCAUACAGUGCCAGAAGAUGGAGAUCCCCUUCCUGACAGAGAUGCCAGAGGCUAAAUUGAUUGACGAGGCUUACAACCUGGUGAUAGACGCCAUCUUCGGCUUCAGCUUUAAGGGGGCUGUGCGAGAGCCUUUUGGUUCCAUCCUGGACGUGCUGAAAAAGACCACCUCCCCCAUCGCCAGCAUCGACAUCCCCUCAGGUUGGGAUGUGGAGCAGGGCAGUGCAGAUGGAAUGCAGCCCGACAUGCUCAUCUCCCUCACGGCUCCCAAGAAGUCUGCUUCCAUGUUCAGAGGACGGUACCACUUCCUGGGGGGCCGUUUUGUUCCCCCCGGCAUAGAGAGGAAGUACCAGCUCAACCUGCCCCCAUACCCCGACCAGGACUGUGUGCUGCAGCUGUAGCACAUUGUUAACAUACUUAAGGUUUGAUGAGAGGAAGGGUAUUUGUAUUUAAAACAAGAGUUCAACAUUUUGGAAAAUAAUUCCUUCUAUAAACCUUUUCUAUGUUUAAGAAAAAGUAUUUAUUGAGCCAAACAUACUGUUGCACAUAAUUGAGCUCUUUCCCAUUUACAUGAAAAAACAACAACAAAACAUAAAUUAUAAAAAAGCAGGAUAUUAUUUGGGAUAUUGUUUUGAGAAGUAUUAAAAUAAAUGAACUAAAAAGAGAAAUAUUGAACUAUUCCUUUAAAUUGAUUGGUUUCCAUUGGGUGGAUGAUGGUGUGAAUCCUAUAACGUGUUAGUAAAGAGGUUUAUAUGCACUCUGGAAGAUUUCUGAAAGCACAAAUCUUUAACGUAGCAUCGACAUGAAAAUAAAUUAUUGGAAUUUGA